AUGCCUUCCCGAGCGGUCAAUGUUCCCACAGAUACCCGACAGAAGGAGAAGGAUAUCAAUACAAAGCUGCAGCUGUAUGGCAUGUUCCAAGCCUUCAAGUAUGGCAAGCUCCCAACAAACAAGCAGUGUGACAUCGCUUUGAACUCUGCCCUGGCCUCAAAGGCCCUCACGAAGCCCUCCCCAGAACUAUCCGAGGAAGGUCGAGUCCUAGUUGAAGAUCUGCGGAAGGUCAUUGAACAGGCAAAGACACUCCUCCUUAGCAAGAAUGACGGUCAAUUGCUCCAGGAAUUCAUCUGGGAGGCCGAGCACAUAUCUGCGGAUGAGGUGCAGAAGCCCGAUGUUGCUGUUGGCAAAGAGUCCGCCGAGCAGGAUGCCGCAAGGGCACGAGAGGGAUUGAAGUCCCUUGGAACCCUGCUCAUCACUAAUGGCGAGUUCCGAAAGCUUGUAAAUGACGCCAUCACUAUUGCCCGCGAUAUUGCUGGCGAUGCCUCGCAAAAGGCCGCCAACAAAGUCCGUCCUUCUGAAGAGCAGUUGUCCCAGGUUGAUCAGCCCGCUGAGGACAAUGUCUGGCAUGAGAAGCCUGACGUUGCUGGCUACCGAGACCAGUUCAAGUCUCGUUUCAGCAAGAACAAAGCCCAGCAGCACGCGACCGAUGUUGCCAAUACAGGCUUGCAGGCUGCCACCGGCGGCCAACAGCCCAGGGACACCUCUGAUGUUGACCCUCAUGCUGGUGUCAAUGCUGCCGCGCAGCACGCCCAGGAGAAGAUCCCUGAGAACCAGAGAGGACGUGCCCAAGAGCUCAGCGGCAGGGCCGUUGACUACCUGUCCGAGAAGAUUCCGCCGGAGCGCCGUGAUCAGACUAUCUGGCGCCUGAAGAAGAUGAUUAUUGAGAUCCAAGGCCACCGUGACUACCAGGAGGCCAUCGAAACCUUGCUUGAUCUCGCUGAGAAGUAUGGUGGCCGUGGAAGGCACAUGGCUCAGCAGGGCUCCGGAAGUGUUCAAGGAACCCGAGGCAGUAGCUCGGUCCAGAGGAUGGAAAAGAACCUUCGUACAUUGCUCGAGCGUUUCGCCAACAGCACGUCCCUCGAUGACCUCUUCGAUGCUCUGGAGAACAUCUACCGCGAUGCUGAUAGAGACCCCGAACUCAAGGGUUGGUUCAAGAACAUGAACACCUUCAUCCGCAAAACUCUACAGCAGCAAGGCUACGUCAUGCAGGACGACUGGAGCCACCAGUACGAUGAACUGGCUGAGCACGGCCAGUUCCUUCUUCGGGACCGCUACAGGAGCCACACUGAUCGCGUCCUGGACGAGAUCAAGUUCCUUGGUACCCAAUUCAACCAAGAUCCUCAGAACAGGGCCUUCCGUGACUCGCUGCAGAAGCUGUUCAAGGACCUCGGCCGCGAUCAGGACGGCAACGUCAAGUUCAAGAAGCACCUCGUCAAGGAUAUCAGGGAUGUCAUCGUCCCUGCCGUGUUCGAGAAGAUCCGAUAUGUUCCCGUUCCGCGAAUUGAGGUGUCCGACCCUAUGGCCGAUGUGGUCAUUGAAAACCUGGUGAUUGAGAGUGACAACCUCAUGCCCAAUGUGGUCGAAUUCGGAAGCGACAACUACUUCCGCUGGGGCCGCAAGAAGAUCAGCAACAAGAAGGACAACAAGAUGAUGAUCUCAGUGUCUGGCAUCCAGGCCGACCUUCGAGACGUCAGCUACUACAUCAACAAGAAGCAGGGCUUCCCCUCCAUCACCGACACCGGUAUUAUGGACAUCUUCCUCGGCGGCGAGGGCUUCUCCUUCAAGAUCGCCGCAUCCAGGGCGCAGAAGAAGGACCGCCAGAACUUCGUCAAGCUCGACAAGGUCACGGUCAAGGUAGACGACAUCGACAUCAAGCUCAAGAAGUCCAAGCACAAGGUCCUUUUCACCGUCUUCAAGCCCAUGCUCUUCCGCGUCGUCCGCCCCGUCAUCCAGCGCGUCCUCGAGCAGCAGAUCCGCGACGCCUUCACCAAGGCCGACGCUUUUGCCUACGAGGUCCACCAGGAAGCCAAGCGCGUGAAGAGCCAUGUGCAAGAGAACCCCGAGGACGCCCCCAACAUCUACAACCGCUACAUCAAUGCCAUCCGCCGCAAGAUGGAAGAAGGCAAGCGCCAGGCCCAGCAAGUCGCCCAGCGCGGUACAAAGGUCCAGACCACAACCACCCUCAAGGGCUCCCUCUUCCCGGACAUCAAGCUCCCCGGUGGCAUCACCACCAAGGCCACGGAGUACGACGAACUCGCUCGCAAGGGCGACCGCUGGGAAUCUCCCAUCUUCACCAUCGGCUCCGCAUCAGAGUCGAGCAACAUCCCCAAGCCAGACGACAUCUCUCGCAAGCCGCACGAAACCGCUGAGAGCAAGCUCCGUGAUCGUCAGACCACCGGCGGCGCCGGCACCGGCGCUGGUGCUGCUGGCGGUCUCGCUGCUGCCGCUCAAGGGCCCGCCGUCAACGGUGGUGCCCUAGCCGGUGGCCGUCUCACCGACGGCGGCCCUUCAGUCGGUGGCCCGACGGUAACCGGUGGUGCUCCAGCCCUUGCCAAUGGUGGUACCGCAGUGACCAAUGGCCACACGAAGCACUACAACCCUGUCGUGAGCAAUGGCCAUGCUAAUGGUCAUGCAAACGGGCAUGCCAACGGCCACGCAAACGGCAAGCCCGCUCAGGACAUCUCGGCUAUCGCGGGCGUGCAGCCGACCUUUAACCCUCAGACCGCGUAA